AUCUACCGUCCGGCACGAUUGGCACGCCGCCGCGAACCCGGCAUAAGGGUGUACAAAGCAGCCGUGGCUGAAACCAUAAUCUCAGAGUGGGAUUCAGGAAGCAGCUAUGAAACAUCGGUGUCGGAGAGGCUGCAAGCUGUCAAGGUUGCUGAUAAUCCAAAGUCCAUCGAAAGAAGUCAGAAGAAGUAAGGGCGUCAAAGGCCACCACCCCAAUUUGUUGGGAAUCCGGGAUUCGCUUUCCGUCACCGCUUCUCAUGAUACUGCUAAGAAUUACUUCGCCGUAGUCCCGAUGCAUGACUGCACGUAUGGCUGUGUGUGCUCAGAUAUCAGCGCUGGCCACGCUUAUCUCAUAUCCCCGUCCCUCUUCACUCCAGCUACCUACUCUCUCCUCAAGUUGGGUUUUGCUUUGUUACCCAUGCCUUCCAUCUCUCAGUGGGCUGCUGCACCAGAACUAGUAGCCUCCCAUAACACUAGUACGAGUAAUUAUGAGCAGCCGUCUCCCGCGGCUGACAUUUGGCUGGUGGGAAUCACUGCCUUGGAAUUGGCCUAUGGCGGCCUCCAACUCCCAAACCGGAAUGCUCGGGAGGCCAUGGUUAAGGACAUACUUCACCACAACGAUCUCCCUCCUACUAUUGAAACAGAACAACAAGCCAUGAAAAUAGAGCACAGAAAUUUGUUGAAGCAUUGUGCCAAAAAGCUGCCUACUCCUCGAUGCUCCUCCAGCAGCAGCUCAUCGUUUUCCCCAGCCUUCACCAGUAUGGUCAACAUUCAUUUUGUAGAUCAUGCAUCUUUCAUCAAAGAUGUAACGACUACUCAACAUCUAAACAACUUGAAUGGUCUGCUGAACAUGCUACAAAUGCGAGGCGAGCACUUAGUUUCUCCUGUUAGUAAGAAAGGAUUGGUUCCUCUUGUUAUUCCUCUAUACAAACAGAGCUCAGGUGUUAUAACUGCAUUACUGCAAUGGCCUACUGCUCCACCAGGGUCCAUUUGCACACAGAAUGAGUUGUAAACUUUCAAUGCGUUGUGGUUCAACUGUGAAAUUAAGGAUCUGAGAUCUAUCUUUGAAAAUACUUUGGAUCCUCCCAGUUCAUUCAUUAGAUCUUCAAUAAGAGGAGAGGAAUAUGAACUGGAGCUUGGUUGAAUGAUCCCUGAGUUCAGCAUUUCUUCCACUAUUUUGUCAAUUACAUUUUUCUGACAAAUGGCAUAUCUGUAAGGUUUUUGGUUGACAGGGUUGGCACAUUGUAUCAAGGGAAUCUUAUGAUCAUGUAUUCAUGUCCUUUUCUGAAUGGAGGUAGUUGAUUUGGAGUGUGUGCAAUCUAAGAUACUUCAUUCACCUAUCUCUGCAAAAGAAAGUUAAAAGUUGGUAUACAUGCUGUCUUCAGUUAAGGCCUGGGAAGAUGCUGCUAAAAAAUGCAUCUAUGAGAAAUUCCCUACAGCGGUUGACACAGAUGUUUUGAUAAAUUGAAGGAGUAAACUCAGGCUUGUAGAGAGAUUCACCCUUCCAUCCAAAAACAGUUGAUUUGUUUGGUCUGCACUUUAAGACUUUCAUUGGGGAGCUAGCCCUAUGUGGUUCGAUAAUCUCUGUCAUUCUCCUACCUUUUAGGCAUCACAUAACAUGAAAUUACAGAUCAUUGGUUCUGUGAAAGUCAUUUGAGAAGAUAAAAUGAUGACAACAUUGGAGUAUAACUUUCUAGCUGAAGUAUCUUGAAUGGUAUUGAGAAUUGAUAGAUUAAACAUGAAAAGAGGAAAGCUUUGGGAUGGAAAAUUGAACUUCACAAUUUGAUUUUGUGCCAGACAGUUGGACUUGUUAAUAUGUAGUAGUGUAAGUUUUAUAAAAUGUAAAAAGUCGGUAGAAUUACUUUUUGUUUAGUAAUGAUAUCAUUUACUUGAAUUUGUAAACAGAUUUACAUCCAUAAUUGAAUGACAUUUGAAAUUAUGUUUUUAUUGCUGAU